AUGUUCCGUCACAGUCUACGAACAGCUGCAAGAAGCACAACGUCUGCUUCAUGGCGGCCAAUGGCUGUCAGAAGUUUUGCCUCAGCGCCAAAGACUACCUUUGACUGGCAAGACCCACUUGCGUCUAAGAACCUCUUGACCGAGGAGGAGCUUGCUAUUGCAGAGACGGCUGAGAGAUACUGCCAAGAGCGCAUGAUGCCUAGAGUCUUGCAGGCCUACCGCGAUGAGCACUAUGACCCCAAGAUCCUUCAAGAAAUGGGCGAGCUUGGUCUUCUCGGCGCCAAUAUUGACGGCUAUGGCUGCGCUGGCGUGUCAUCGGUUGCUGGUGGUAUGAUCACGCGGGCUGUGGAACGCGUCGAUAGUGGCUACCGAUCUGGCAUGUCAGUGCAGUCGUCACUUGUCAUGGGCGGCAUUUACGAGUUCGGUACUGAAGAGCAGAAGCAGAGAUUCCUUCCUGAGAUGGCCAAGGGCAAGCUACUCGGUGCCUUUGGUCUCACGGAGCCUAACCACGGCAGUGAUCCCGGUAGCAUGGAGAGCGUCGCCAAGCCUCACCCUACCAAAAAGGGGUACUUCUCUCUCAGUGGAGCCAAGACCUGGAUCACAAACAGCCCCAUCGCCGAUGUCCUUUUAGUGUGGGCAAAGCUUCAAGAGACGGGCAAGAUUCGCGGUUUCCUCGUUGAGAGAAAGGACUGCCCUCCUGGCACCCUGUCCACCCCUGCAAUCAAGGAUAAGAACGGCCUGCGCGCUUCCAUAACUGGUAUGAUCCAGUUGGACGAAUGUCCUGUGCCUGAGGCCAAUAUGUUUCCUGAUGUUGAGGGUCUGAAGGGGCCUUUCAGCUGCCUCAAUAGUGCUAGAUAUGGUAUUUCCAUGGGCGUCAUCGGUGCCUUGGAGGACUGCAUUGCCCGAGCACGAACUUAUGCUCUGGAGCGCAAGCAGUUCAAAGGGAACCCUUUGGCCAAAUACCAGCUCAUCCAGAAGAAGCUGGCAGAUGCCACUACCGACGCUGCCUAUGGCACCCUGGCUGCCAUUCAGGUUGGCCGUCUCAAGGACGAGGGCAAGGCAACGCCUGAGAUGAUCAGCAUGGUCAAGAGACAGAAUUGCGAUGUCGCCCUACGAAAUGCUAGAAUCCUGCAGGAGAUUUUCGGCGGUAAUGCCGUGAGCGACGAGUAUCAUAUUGGUCGCCAUGUGGCCAACCUAUUUGUUACGCAGACAUAUGAGGGACAGAGCGACAUUCACAGCCUUAUCCUGGGACGAGCUAUCACUGGUAUCCAGGCGUUUGUUUAG